UUCUAAAGCAAUUUGAAUUUAAUCAACUUUAUACCUACGCUUUAUCUCUGUUUGAUCAGCAAAAAUGGCUUCGAAGCGACCGCGUUCGACGGAAAGCGACGAACAAGUAGUACAUCAAUGUGCCCCUAUGAUCAGAAGAGCUGAAAGCUCGUCGGUGAAGUUCAAUAAUUAUAAUCAUAAUCCGCCGGUGGUCGUCUUUGCUCAUGGAGCUGGUGCUCCUUCAACUUCCGAGUGGAUGACUAGAUGGAGGACCUUGUUGGCCAAUGCUUUAAAUCCUGUCGAAGUUGUAACUUUUGACUACCCAUACAUUUCUGGUCGAAGAAAGGCUGCACCAGAUGCAGAAAAGCUUGUUGGGUUUCACUUGGAAUUUGUGAGAAAGGUUGCUGCCAAAUACCCAGAACACCCUUUGAUCUUAAUAGGAAAAUCCUUGGGUUCAAGAGUCAGUUGUAUGGUAGCUGCUGAAAAUGAUAUCGGGGCACUAGCUGUAGUUUGUUUGGGAUACCCACUAAAGGCCAAAAAUGGAGCCAUUCGAGACGAAACCCUCAUGAAACUUACAGCUCCUAUCAUGUUUGUACAGGGAAGCAAUGAUAAUUUCUGUCCACUGAAACUUUUGGAAGUGGUUAGGCAGAAGCUGAAAUCUUUAAAUGAUUUGCAUGUGAUUGAACAUGGUGACCACUCAUUCCAAAUUGCAAAAAAGAAUCUUGAGUCAACUGGAAUGACUCAUGAAGAAGCUGAACAACGUGCUGCUGAAUCCAUUGCAAUGUUUGUUUCACGAAUCAAGAAUGAAAAAGUGAUCACUGGACCCACAAACACAUGUGAACUAGAAGUUGAUGCAAUUCAAUUUGGUCAAGAAAGGGAAAAUGUUGAAGAGGAACAACAAGUUGAUUAUGAAGAAAACCAAAAUGUUGAAACUCAUAUUUUCAUGAAUAGGAAGAAGUCAGAGAUGAUACUGAAAAAGAGGCACAAGUCCGAAAGGAUAUUAAAAUUGAAGCUUAGUAAACAUAUAUAUGAUAAAGAUGGGAGAGGGUCAACAAUCGAGAAAGCAAUAGCUUUAGACUAGUCUAGCGUUUUGUAUCAUAUGGAUACAUGUAGAGUAGAUGAACAUAUAAUUUCAGCAUCUUCAUACAACAUUGGCAUAGAUUUAGGGGCUUUUUGGUAACGUGCGUUGAUUUAUGGGGAUUGUUUAUGCAAAACACAUGACAGUGGUAGUUGUAAACUUAUAUAUUAAUG